UCGCGUGUGAUGUGUUUGUGUAUCCUCAGUGUUUUUCUCUCUUGAGUGUUUUAUUGAGUGUAAACAGAGUCUUGUCUCUGUGUAUUUUAGUGUUGAUGAGAUGGAUGUGAUGUGCUGUAAAUCAGGAACUGAUCAGGGCUUACAGGAUGAUGAAUCUACUGAUCAAACCUCCACAGAGUCUCUGGAUUCUGUCUGUAACGCUGGAGAACAGCAGCAGAUCCUGCAGACCAAACACAAGAUGUGUUCAGUCAAACCCGUCGACUUCAUGAUGAUGAAGAUCAAAACUGAACCUACAGAAAUACAAAUUGAUCCUACAGAAAUAAAAACUGAACCCACAGCAGAUGAAUAUGAAGACAAACACAGUGAUGGUCAUGAUUUUAUUCUGUCAGAUGUAAAGACUGAAUCAUGUUUGAAUGGAGAAAUAAUGUCCUCAACAUCAGAAGAGCGACUGACUGCACAAAAAGUUUCCUGCAUCAACGGUGGAGAGACAUUGAGCUCACAGAGACAUUUAGAGAGAAAACACUCAGAUCAGAAACAUCAUCUGAAGAAACACAAGAGUGAGAGGCUGUAUCAGUGCAGUGAAUGUGGAAAAACCUUCAGGAAUUCAUGGUUAUUAAAAUCACACCAGAAUAUUCACUCUGAUGAGAAACCUUUUCAAUGUUCACACUGUGAUAAACGUUUCCGUCAUAAAUCUCAGCUGGUAGUCCAUGAGAGAAUUCACACUGGAGAGAAACCUCAUUACUGUAAUUUUUGUGAAAAGAGUUUUAAUCGACAUGACAGUUUAGUGUCACAUCAGAGAAUUCAUACUGGAGAGAAACCUCAUCACUGUGAUGUUUGUGGGAAGAGUUUUCAUCAACUUGUUAAUUUAGUUUCACAUCAGAGAACUCAUACAGGUGAAAAACCUUACAAAUGCUCUCAAUGUGAGAAGACGUUUACUCAGUCAAGUAACUUAAAAGCCCACCAGAGACUUCAUACUGGAGAAAAACCUUACGUCUGCUCGAUCUGUGGAGAGAGAUUUGCUCAUUCUGGAAGUCUUCAGCAUCAUCAGAAGAAACAUACUAAAUAACAAACUACAUUGAAAUCAUCAUAGUGUCAUGUAUGGUCAUGUAUUUUCUGUGAGAAUGUUUGAUGUGAUAACGUGCUAAAACAAAAACAAUUGAUUUCUAUAAAUAUAAAUUCUAUAAAUUACGUCAUGUUCUCAAAAAGGUGAGACAGUGGCGCUACAUCACACAAAACUGUAUUGAAAGAACAUGUAAACACACAAUUAAAACAAAUCAAAUUGA